GGAGAAGGGUGAAAGAAGGAGGGAGAGAGAAAGAGGCAGGAGGAGGAGAAGGUGGCGGCCAAAAUUUGGCUUGGAAGUUACAAUCCAUUAUUAGCCGUCCGUCCCCUUCGGUUUAAAGAGAGAGGAGGAGCAGGAGCGAUGGAGGUCUGCGGCGAUUGGUUCGAUGUGAUCGUCGUCGGUGCGGGGAUCAUGGGGAGCUGCACGGCCUACGAGGUGGCGAAGCGCGGCCAUAAGGCGCUCCUCCUCGAGAAAUUCGACUUCCUGCACCACCUUGGCUCGUCCCAUGGCGAGUCCCGGACGAUCCGAGCAACCUACCCGGAAGACUACUACGCCUCGAUGGUCCUCGAAUCCUACCGUCUCUGGGAAGAAGCACAGUCGGAGAUCGGCUACCGUGUCCUCACCAGGACCUCGCAUUUCGACAUGGGCCCUGCGGCGAACAAGAGCCUCCAGUGCGCGAUCGCCAAUUGCGAGCCGAAUUCGAUCAAUGCUCGCAUCCUCGACCGAAGCCAGCUUCAUGACAUGUUCUCUGGUGUAAUCCAGCUGCCGGAGCAGUGGAUCGGGGUGGAGACCGAUGUCGGCGGCGUGAUCAAGCCGACGAAGGCGGUCGCCAUGUUCCAGGCAUUGGCCAUCAGAAGAGGGGCCGUUCUCAGAGACCAUAUGGAGGUGAAGGACAUCGGGAGAGACGAGGCAGGAGGCGGCAUCUGGGUUUCAACUGCCAGCGGGGAGCGCUUCCGGGGAAGGAAGUGCGUGCUCACCGUCGGAGCCUGGAUGAGGAAGCUAGUGAAAGAAGUUAGUGGGCUGGACCUACCCAUCCAGCCUCUCCACACAACUGUUUGUUACUGGAAGAUCAAGGAGGGGCACGAGGAUGAAUUCUCGCCGAAGGCCGGGUUCCCGACGUUUGCGAGCUACGGCGAGCCUUACGUCUACGGCACGCCAUCGAUGGAGUUCCCGGGGCUGAUCAAGAUUGCCAUGCAUGGAGGCCACCCGUGCGACCCCGACCGGAGGGACUGGGCGUCGGGCUCAGGGGUGCUGGUGGACCCGGUCGUCCCAUGGAUCGAACAGGUGCUGCUGCCGGGAAGCGUCGAGGCCGGGAAGCCGGUCAUGAAGCAGGCUUGCUUGUACUCGAUGACACCCGACGGGGAUUUCAUCAUCGACUUCCUCGGCGGGGAGUUCGGGAAGGACGUGGUUGUCGCAGGAGGGUUCUCCGGUCACGGGUUCAAGAUGGGGCCUGCGGUGGGGAGGAUUCUGGCGGAGAUGGCGAUAGACGGAAAGGUGGCAGGGUUUGAGCUGAAGCAGUUCAGGUUGGGGAGGUUUGAGGAGGACCCCAAGGGGAACGCCAAGGAGUUUGAGGACCAAGUAGCCUUCCACGUCAACCCAUGAAUAGCUUCCCUCUACUUCAUUCUCUUCAGCUUCAGCGGUUCAGUUCAGUGCAGUGCAAAUCAUACUCGGUCGUCAGCCAUUGGUGUGUUUCCUAGUCCCCUACUUCUCCGUGUUUUGAUGUCAAUUCAGUUGAAGUGGCAGCAGCUCAGUCUACUGUAAUCUUUCUAGUUCGGUAUCUAGUUAGCCUCCAAACCAAUACUGUGAAGCUAGUGAAAGAUUGGAAGUUAAUUAAGGUACCAAGUAUCCGGGUUGGUUUCUCU